CCAUGGUAGCAAAUUGACAGUGCAAGAUGGUGAGACAAGGAGGAAGACGAGCGGCUUUGUCUUUGGAUGGGGGGAAUUUGUCUGAUUCCCUCACCGUGAGGGAGAAAUGCGAGUUUGUCGCAUCGAAGCGCGCAGAACCGCCGCAGGAAGGCUGGCCCAAUCGGGCUUAGCCCGGGGAGCUCGAAGGUUCCAUCCAUCCCCAAACUUCCGCCUGCUGUCCGCAUCUCUUGUGCCUCUUUGUUGCAGGUGUUGACUACUUGUCUGCGCUUCAGUCAUGUUUCCCACUGCCGUUCGUCUUUCCAACGCGGUGCGCGUCACUCUCUUUACCCGCGCCGGCUGCGGGCUCUGCGACACCGCCAAGCAUACUGUCACUCAGCUGCAUAAGCGUCGUCCCUUUGAGUACGCCGAGACGGACAUUGCCCUGCCCAACAACAAGCCGUGGAAGGAUGUCUACGAUUUCGACGUUCCGGUUCUCCACGUGCAAAGCGUGAAGGAAGACGCGUCUCUCUCCGACCCGAAGAAACUUUUCCACCGAUGGACCGAGCAGGAGAUGGAGACGCUAAUCUCCGAGGCAGAGAACAAAUCGUGACACUCGAGUCUUUCCAGCCAUGAUAGCCUAGUCAUCACUAUGCAUGACAAUAGCAUGGGCUGUCGGCAACGGUAUUCCAUCCAAGACAGU